AUGGGAGCUAGAGAAAGCAAGUUUAUUAGGAAAUGGGUUAGUGGUAGAAGUGUAAACAACAAAGGUCCUAUGUUGUUGGUUCCAAAAGGUUAUGUUCCAAUAUGUGUUGGAAUGAAUGAGGAUACUUGUAGGAUAUUUAUGGUUCAUGUAAGAGCACUUAGUGAUGCAUUUUUUUGUGAGCUGUUGGGUAAGUCUGAGGAGGUGUAUGGGUUAAGGAAUGAAGGGGUUUUGAGGAUUCCAUUUGAAGCACAAGAUUUUGAGGAGUUGUUCAUUGGAAGGUCCAACAAAAAGAUUAAAGUUAAGAGAAUGGUUGAUGGGCUUUGUUACUUGUAG